GUCGUUUUCACUUUCCCCCCUUUCCCUUACUCAGUCGCCACCCACACCCAUCCUUUAAAGCCACCACUUUCACCUCCUCCUCCAUCUCAAACUUCUCUCAUCAACCAUGGUUUGUCCCCGCGAUUGGCCUGAACCGGUAGUUAGAGUGCAAUCGUUAUCUGAAAGCGGGAAACCAGUAAUUCCCGACAGAUACAUCAAGCCACCACCGGAUCGGCCCGUUUUUAACUCAUCUUCGCCCGACGACAUAAACAUACCUGUUAUCGACCUCGCCGGACUGAACAGCGAUGAUCUCACCCUCCGGGAAUCUACUUUUAAGGAAAUAUUGGCAGCGUGCCGUGAGUGGGGGUUCUUCCAGGUGAUCAAUCAUGGCUUGAACGCAGAACUCGUCGACGGAGUUCGGGAUAUUUGGCGGGAGUUCUUUCAUGAACCGAUGGAGGUGAAGCAACAAUAUGCUAAUUCACCCAAAACAUAUGAAGGUUAUGGAAGCAGAUUAGGACUUGAAAAAGGGGCAAUACUUGAUUGGAGCGAUUAUUAUUUCCUUCACUAUCUUCCUCCUCCUCUAAAGGAUCACAACAGAUGGCCUGCACAACCAUCUUCUUUGAGGGAAAUUGUCGAAGAAUACUCGAAGGAAAUAGUGCGGUUGGGAAAAGUUUUGCUCGAGGUAUUUUCCAUAAACCUUGGGUUAAAACACGAUUACCUUCAAAAAGCUUUUGGUGGAGAUGAUAUCGGGGCUUGUCUGAGAGUAAACUUCUACCCAAAAUGCCCACAACCGGACUUGACUCUGGGUCUAUCGCCUCACUCCGAUCCUGGUGGCAUCACCUUUCUCCUUCCAGACGAGAAUGUUAGCGGCCUUCAAGUCCGGCGGGGUGACCAAUGGGUCACCGUUAAACCUGCCCCACAUGCAAUAAUCGCCAAUAUUGGAGAUCAAAUUCAGGUUUUAAGCAAUGCCAUAUACAAAAGUGUAGAACAUAGGGUGAUAGUGAAUCCGGACAAAGAGAGAGUGUCAUUGGCAUAUUUCUAUAACCCAAAGAGUGAUUUGCUUAUUCAUCCAGCAUCAGAGCUCGUAACCCAAGAAACACCGGCUCUCUAUCCCUCAAUGACUUUUGAUGAGUACAGACUUUUCAUUAGGACAAGAGGUCCGCAAGGGAAAUCCCAGGUGGAAUCUUUAAAAUCCCCGAGAUGAAUUUUUCACAUCUAUGACCAUAUAUUUAUGUAUGUAUGUUAGUGUAUAUGGGAAAUCCCUAAUGGAAUCCUUAAAACCUCCGGGAUGACUUUUUACACCAUCCGU